AUGUCUGGUAUCUACAAUGAGAAGAUCUCAGCAUCAUUAACUGUUGAGCGAUGUCGCGAAAAGUUGAAGAAUAAGUACCGAAAACAAUUGUGCAAAAUUCAAAUGAAACCGUGGGAUAAAAGUGAUUAUGCUGAGUUCAAAAAUAUGCACACGGUUGUCACAAUGGUGAAGAAGGACACUAGUGGACAAAACAUGAACAAAAAGGAAAUACUUAAGGGUUCUGUUGCUGAAAUAUUUUCAACGAAAGUAAACGGAGAACUGCCAGCCCGAAUCCUCAUUUCGGCCCCCGCUGGGAGAGGGAAGACCACGGCUGUCGCUAAGAUGGCUUACGACUGGGUUCACAGAGAAAAGGGGUCAGCAUUAGAACUACUGCCACUUCUGUUUGUUGUGCAAUUCCGAAACACAAGUAAGCUUACAUCGAUCGGAGAAGCUAUCAAAACCCAGCUUUUGAGUGAUGUAGAUGAUCUCACACCAGAGGGUCUCGAGAGUUUCAUUAGAGAGAAUCAGAGCAUCUGUCACAUCAUACUAGACGGGCUUGACGAGUAUGCGGGUAUCUCUUCUUUAGAACGAAGCUCAGAGAGCAAUAUUGUCAGUGUCAUCCGCUGGGAGGAAUUUCCAGAGUGUCGAGUCCUUGUAACAACACGCCCUCACCUAGAAAACUUCUUCAAUCAAGAUGAUCUUCCAAGGGUAUACACAAAGAUGUGGAUCGAAGGAUUCUCGCGAGAGAGCUCACGUGAGUACAUCGACAAGUUCUUUGGUUCGACUUCGAAUAGUUAUAGCAGAAAUGGUCAUGGUCUGAAGGUUUACCUUGAUGAACAACCACUUAUUAAUGAACUUGUUAAAACACCUCUAUUUUGUCUCAUGGUCUGUCAUUUAUGGAGCGAGGGGCUUUUAAACACUGAAACUACCACUCAAACAGAUUUAUUAGACAGCGUAAAUGUAUUUCUGAUACAACAUGCCAAUGCCCGAUCAAAAUCAAAAGACGAAAUAACAGAGGAAGAACUUACUAAAAUCAUUCAUAAACUGGGUAAGGUUGCUCUAGCUGGUCUAGUCGACGACUCUAAAAAACUGGUGUUUACGCCCCACGAUUUUCGAAGAGUUCCGGCUAUCCUUGAUAGGGCAUUCGAGCUUGGGUUGCUAUCCACCUUUACGAUUCCAAAGACAAGGCUCCCACGAUCCAACAAGACCACUUCCACUACCAUUGAAUUUUAUCACAAACUCGCUCAGGAACACUCGGCUGGGAAAUACCUCGCUGCUAAAACGAAGACAUAUAUGUUACGACUGAAGAUUUCUAAGUUAGACAGACUGCUGCGAGACAUCAAAGCAAACAUCGGGGAUUAUGAGAAUCUCAUCCGAUUCGCUGCUGGCACAAACAACAGCCUUUGCGUACGAAUAAUGGAGGUGCUCCUUUCCAACAGCUUUUUGGAUGAGAGCGAGCGAUAUCGAAUUCUCCUUGACUGCUCAUCAGAGACCAAGGGAACUGAAGGAAACGUGUCUUCGUUGGUUCAAAGAUGUGUGAAUGCAGAGAGUAUUGUUCUGAAGUCACCGACUGUCUACACCGUCGUUGGAAUGCAAAAUCUUCCAAAGCAACUUAAACGUCAGGUUAUGACUAUAAAGUUCGAGGGAUCUACUUUGACUACCGACGUGACGAGUGGACUAUGGUGUUGCCUGGAAUCAUUUUCGAUGCUACGUACUCUGACCAUCUCAGACUCCUCUCUCAGUUUUCCUCCAUCUACCCAUGAGCUUCCAUCCGUCAAAAAGCUAACAGCCGAGAGAGUGACGUCACAAAGCUAUGAAGGUCUGCUCUCAUUGCUUCCUGGCUUGGAAGAUAUCGAUAUCACUAUCGAUGAUGCAGAGAGAGACAUACGUCAGAUCACGGCUGGUCUUCGUCGGACCGUAGGACAGCAGCUCACACGCAUCAAGCUUAGAGCACCGUACACACUCCCAUCAGAGAAGAAGAGUGUAUCGAGAGAGACGAUGAGAGGACUGGGCCUUCUGAUCAAAGAACAAACCAAGAACCUACAGUGGCUAACUCUGAGAUAUUUGAAGUGCUCAGACGAGGAAGACUUGGUUUACCUCAUCGAGUGCUGCAGACGGGUGAAGACGAUGUCAUACGUGUGGUUAUACUACUGUGGAACAAGAGAGGGCGGCAGACUGGAAUCCUAUCUCAACAGUCUUCAACAAUCGUCAAGAGGCAUCCUCUCUGUGAAUCUUUAUCAUCCGAUCCACAUAACAUCCCAGGUAGAACUAUGGAUCCUUGCGCUCGAUAUCCGUAGGUACGACCUAGGCCAGUGCCGUCUCCCCGUCUUUAGUGACGCAGAAUCCAAGGUAUAA